AUUUAUAACCUAUUUUUUUCAAACAGUACAUAUCAAAACAACAGUCAAUAUAGUAAUUUAAAUCGGUUAAUAAAUCUCUCUAAAAUUUCGUUUUACAUUUAUUACUGACAAGAUCAAAAGUAUAGAAAUGAAUAAAAAAACAUUUUUAAAGAAUCUUUUGGACCAAUGCAAAAAUGGGUUCUUUGAGGAAAUCUUGCAGCUAGUGAAUGAAAACGAGAACUUCUUGGAGAAACUUGAUCAAACCUCCGGUAUAAAACUCUUGAUUAGUUGUUGUAACGCUUGUAUUGAUACCCCGAAGAGUAUAUCUGAAGAACAUUUGCACAAGUUUUUGAAGUUGAUUGUAUCCUCUAUAAGAGAUCCAAAUGAAACAGAUCAGUUGCGCUACAUACAGUCGAUAUUCCAUAUACUUAAUAUGUUAGUUCGUAAGAAUUGCUACAGUAUUAUCAUGGAAAUGGAAAAUAUUUUGAUGCCUCCCUUUUUACCAUCUGCUAUACCCAAGAAUCUUAGAGAUAUCUACGAUAGCAUUGUUAUAAUUCUUCACAAUUUAGUAGCAAAAUGUGCUGUAGAAAAUGACAGAAACAACAAUGAAUCAUUGAUUUCGAUAUGCACACUGAUUUCAAAAAUAUGUAGUAAAAUGUUAGGAUCACUUUAUUUGAUCAACAGAUCUUACAAGUGCUUCUCAAAUUUAUUAUGUUUGAAAAUUUCUGUUGAUGAGCAAAGAAAGUUUUUUGAAAAUGUUCUGCUAUUGAUAGAUAGCAAUGAAAUUCAGCCAAAGCUAGAAGAAUGUUUCAAGUAUAUUCUUUGUUAUUCCACAAUUGUCUUGCAUAACACACUGAAAACGUUUGAUUUCAAACAAGCCUUAGAGUUCUGUAAUAGGUUAUCUAGUCUAGUGAAAGAGAAAUUGAUUCAUGAGGAGUAUGUACAUUUGGCACAUUUACUAAAGUCAUCACUUGUCAUUUCACCUGUGGAAUUGAAGGAUAAAUUUCAGACUCUUGUGCAAUGCUGCGAAAGUAUGAGGAUUCUCGAUAAAAUAUGGAUAGACUCUGAUAAUGGAAAACAGAUUAGAGAAAAAUUGUUGGCUCUAAUCCAGACCAUAACAUUUUAUUACAAAUCUAGCGGCACAAAGGAAUGGCUACGUUUUUCAGAAGCACUACAACUUGAAAUAUUAAAUUUUGUGGCAAGUGUUUCAAUCCACAAUUUUAUGCAUAUCCAAAUUAUUUUAGGUUUGAUAGAAAUUUAUGCACAAUUUGGAAGUGUUAUUUCGAGUAAUUAUCACGGAAACUGUUUGAAAUUAAUGGAAAUCUUGUUAAAUCAAAUAAAUCAGUUGAAACAGAAACAAUGUGAGGAAUGGAAGAAAGCUUGGAAUGCUUUUGGAAUUGGAGUUUUUAAUAUCGGAGUUCAUCUAGACCGAAGUGGUAAUGAAGGGGCAUUGCUUUAUUUUAGUUUCCUUUUGACUAGUUACAUUAAUCUGGAAAGUUGGAAGGGUAAAACAUAUUUGAAAUAUCCAACACUUUUAAAUUGCUUGAAAAUCCUCUGUGAAUUGCAUUCAAAUAAGCCAGAAAAAUAUUUAGGAUUGAGUGCUCUGGCUGUUCUUUUAUGCCCAAAUAAUAAAGAAGUCUUUACAGCAGGUUGGGUUAAACUCAAACACAAUCAACGUGAAAGUAAAUCACCCGGAUUUGAAGAUAUACAAAAAAUUACAACUGUGGCGGCAUUGAAAAUGCUGCAACAGGAUGCACCAGAACUUGCGAUUGACUUGAACGAUUCUGACAAAUUGUGUUUAUUGAAAUUUGAACUAGAGCAAUAUAAAAAGAGGUGGAAAAGUAAAGUUCCCAUAAUGGCAGCUGUCCAAGAAUUGUGUGAACUAUCAAAUCUGGAAGGGGUUGUAGAAGCCAUUGUAGAAAUUUUUGGUGACCAUGUACUACCACUACAUGAAAAUUGUUUAGAGAAUUUCACUAGUGUUUUAUUCAAGUUUAGAGACAAACUGAAACACACUGGAAACAAGUUAAAACAAGUUCAUUUAGCACUAUUGUACCAUAUCUGUUAUAAAUAUAAAAUGAGGCAAAUAAUAGCAAAAAAUGCUCAGGAUAUGGAAUGGACCUCAAUUGUCCCCAUAAAAGUACCCGGGGUCAUUCCUAGAGAUCCAAGUGAAGAAUGUGAUGUAGUAUCUUCGUAUGAAAGUUUAACAUUGGAGAAGUUCACCUGCAACUUGAAUAAUCUCGAUGAAGCACUUACUAUUCUUUCAAAAAUUAUACACGACUUGAAUCUUGAUGAUAAUCUCGAAUGUGUAUUUGCAAUUAAUUUAUAUGACCGUCUGAUACAAAUAUCACAUGAAUACAGGCUACUUCGACAUAGAAUAAGGAGUUUACAAGCCUCUCAGAUGGCCUUAAAAGUAGCGCAGAUACAAAACAACUUGGCUGGUAUUGUCCAAGCAUCAAGUUUCAUUGUUGAAUUUGCUGAUGUCAAUAAACUUUACCCUAAAAAACAAAUCGAAAUGGUAGACAAGUUAUUGGAAAGAGCAGACUUUUCAAAAGAACAAAAUUUGAGAAUUGUUAUGACCUAUUAUAUUUGUAAAAGCAAAGCUUUAUUCAGUAUCGAUAUUCACGAAUCUUACAAAACUUUUCAAAUGGCUAUGCAGUUGAUGGAUAAUCAAGACAGCAGCGAGGGACUCAGUUCUAUCAAGAGUCAGCUUCUUCUGUUGAAAUUCAAGUUUUCAAGCCUGCCCUGUUCUCUGGAAAUAGAAAUUCAUAGAAAAAAUACGUUGAUGGAUGUGUAUUCAGCUACAGCGAUAAUGUUUGAUGAAUACAAAAAAAAUCACUUUGGUGAGUAUACUGUUAUAGAUAUUUUCCAUCAAAGCAUUCAAAAGCUAUAA